AUGAUGAAUGUUCCCUCGGACGAACCGGCAGCGAAGCGGAGGAAGGUUCGCAAAGGUACACAAAGCUGCUGGGAGUGCAGGCGGAGAAAAGUCAAGUGUACCUUUUCAUCGGUAGAUGAUACGAUCUGCAUCAAUUGCCACCGUCGAAGUACGAAAUGCGUUAGUCAAGUAAUGUUGGACGCACCGGAAAUGGCUGGGAGCGAUACGGGAGAUGCUGGGCAAGACGCUGCUGUUAAUACGCGGGUAGUGGGUAAGGUUGGUGCCCGUUCUCAUCCACAUGCUACUGUUGGCUGUUUACCACCGACUCCCUUUACCGUGCAUACAACACCGGCCUCGUCAGUACACGGCAAACAAAAUAAUGUGUCGAGUGGCCUACAGACUGAGAAUUUACCAAGCCAACUAGCGACACCACAGUUGCCACCAGCGCCAGCGUCCAGUCAUGGCUCCAGUUUAGAGGCUUCCGCAUAUCCCAGCAUCACUCAAGCCUUACGAAGUUCCCUCCCUCCUCGGAAAGACAUUGAAAUUCUGCUUGAAAGCCUCAGCAGCAUGUCCAUCUUUUGCUACAAAUCCAGCUUCAAGCUAUGCAGCUCGUGGCCGAGCGAAAUGGCCAAAGAACAAAUACCGGUAGCGAAUCUCCUAUAUUCAGAAAUCCACCCAGUCUCGUUGGCAAGGCAUAUGCUGCUUUUCGCAGUAGGGUUACAACACCUGUCUCCCACAAAAGGGAUACCUGGCCUCACCAAGCAUCAUCGCACCAUCAUGGAGCAGCUAGCAGACUCAGCCGUCAAGCUAGUGAAUACGAAUGACGUCUUACUGGGCACGUUGGAAGGUCUCGAGAACCUCAUCCUGGAAGGCUUCUAUCACAUAGACGACGGCAACAUCCGACGAGCCUGGAUCACAAUGCGACGUGCUGUCAUGACAGCACAGCUAUUAGGCUUGCAUCGACCAGGGCAGUAUCGCUUCAAAACUGUCUACCAGCAUAACGAUCUUGAUCCUGCGCUCAUGUGGGCCUGUGUGGUUUCCACGGAGCAGUUUCUGUGCUUGCUACUAGGUCUGCCCACAAGCACCAGUGGUGCGAGUUUCACAAUCCCCAGAGCAACGAGCGCUUGUGUUGAGAGCGGCAACUUGCCUGUACUCAUUCCGGAUGUGGUACGCAAGAUCAUCGAACGGAAUCAGAUGCACGCACCCCAGGAAGCACUUGACCUGACUCAAGAGAUCGAUCAAGAGCUCUUGGGGGUCACUGAGCAAUGGCCGCCUGCGUUCUGGCGGCCAUUACAACUUGCGGGUCUCGAAGUAGACUCGCCGGAUGCCUUCUGGGAAACUCGACGAGCUUGGGACCAUAUAUUUUAUUACUCUUUAGUGAAUCAGCUCCAUCUGCCAUAUAUGCUAAACCCGAGACAUUUCUCGCAGAGGGUGUACUCGAGAAUCGCCUGCGCAAGCGCCAGUCGUGAGAUUCUGAUCCGACAGACUGCGAUCCGUACGUUCAACCCAGUCACAGCCGGUUGUCGUAUGGGCGACUUUGUGGCUCUGAUUGCAGGCAUGACACUAAUGCUGGCCCACAUCUUGAGCCACUGUAACAAGGGUACGGAAAACCUACUCGUACACCAGCGGGUUGGAGACCGUGCGACGGUGGAGCGGGCUCUUGAGUGCAUGGAAUCUAUGUCAGAGCAGCAUGAGGAUGUCCUCACAGCGAAAUGUGCUGUGGUUCUCAAGAAUCUGUUGGAUAUUGAGGCAGGGCCUGCAGAGAGCCACUCGGAUGACGGUCAAGAAGACGACCAAAACGUGUUGGUAGUCAAGGUGCCAUACGCUGGUGCUAUCAAAAUUGCGCGAGACGGUAUUUCUAUUACGCUCUUUGACAAGGAGCAGGAGCAAGUUCCCAAUGAGGGUGUGACAAUUGGUGGCUUUGGAUCAAUCCACGUCCGAACACCGCACGACUCCGGCCAUACUGAUCCCGUCACCCCCGAUGCUGUAGCCGCAGGAGCAACCGCGGAUGUGGUGAGGCCAUCAUCAGCACGGAAGCAUGGAAGACCGGUUUCCCAAGCCAGGUCUGGAGAUAUUUUCGCACUGCCAGAAGAGACAUUCCCCGCUGCUGCUGCUGGCACGGAAGAAUGGCUUUUCCAAGGCCUUGACACUGCCUUCUUUGAUGUGCUGAUAAAUGGAGCUGGGGAGCAGCCGUUGAACGGCACUGAUAUUGAAGGAUGGAAUUUUACAAUGUCCCCGUAA